CAUACACAGCUGGGCAGAGACAGGAACUCAACAGGCUCAGCUCUGCAAAGCGCAGCCCACAAAACUGAUGGUAAAAUUCAGAGAGAGACUUGAUUAAAGAAAGCGACAAUGGAACUGAUCCCAAACUUUGCCUUGGAAACCUGGAUGCUCCUGGUUACCAGCUUGGUGCUCCUCUACCUAUAUGGAACCCAUUCACAUGGACUUUUUAAAAAGUUGGGAAUUCCUGGGCCCAAACCUCUGCCUUUCUUGGGGACAAUUCUUGCUUACCGGAGUGGAUUCUGGGAAUGUGACAAACGAUGCCAUAAGAAAUAUGGGAAAAUGUGGGGGUUGUACGACGGUCGACAGCCUGUGUUGGCCAUCACGGAUCCAGUCAUGAUCAAAACAGUGCUGGUGAAGGAAUGCUAUUCUACAUUCACAAACAGGCGGAGUUUUGGUCCAUCGGGAAUUAUGAAAAAAGCCAUCUCCAUCUCUGAGGAUGAAGAAUGGAAGAGAAUACGAGCAUUGCUGUCACCAACCUUCACCAGUGGAAAACUCAAGGAGAUGCUCCCCAUCAUUAACCAGUAUACAGACAUGUUGGUGAAAAACAUGAAGCAGGGAUCAGAGAAAGGCAAGCCCAUCAGCACGAAAGACAUCUUUGGGGCCUACAGCAUGGACGUGAUCACUGCCACGUCGUUUGGAGUGAACGUUGAUUCCCUCAACAACCCCCAGGAUCCUUUUGUGGAAAAAAUCAAGAAGCUCUUGAAUUUUGAUAUCUUUGAACCAUUGUUCCUCUCAGUGACUCUCUUUCCGUUCCUUACUCCAGUAUUUGAUGCAUUAAAUAUCACCAUGUUUCCAAGAGAUGUCAUAAACUUUUUUAAAACUUCUGUAGAACGAAUGAAAUAUAAUCGCAUGCAAGAUAAAGAAAAGCAAAGAGUGGAUUUUCUUCAGCUGAUGAUAAACUCCCAGAGUUCCAAAAUCAAAGAGUCUCAUAAAGCAUUAUCUGAUAUGGAGAUUGUGGCCCAGUCAGUUAUCUUUAUUUUUGCUGGCUAUGAGACCACUAGCAGUGCUCUUUCUUUUGUUACGUAUUUGCUGGCCCUUCACCCUGAUGUCCAGAAGAAAUUGCAAGAUGAAAUUGAUGCAGCUCUGCCUAAUAAGGCACCUGCCACCUAUGAUGCCCUAGUACAGAUGGAGUAUCUAGACAUGGUGUUGAAUGAAACUCUCAGAUUAUAUCCAAUUGCUGGAAGACUAGAGAGAGUCUGUAAGACAGAUGUUGAAAUCAAUGGAGUGUUCAUUCCCAAAGGGACUGUUGUGAUGGUACCAGUUACUGCUCUUCACGAAGACCCAAAGUACUGGCCAGAGCCUGAGGAGUUCCGCCCUGAAAGGUUCAGCAAGAAGAACCAGGACAGCAUCGAUCCUUACACAUACCUGCCCUUUGGGAACGGACCGAGGAACUGCCUUGGCAUGAGGUUUGCACUCAUGAACAUGAAAGUCGCUCUGGUCACACUCAUGCAGAACUUCUCCUUCCAGCCUUGCAAGGAAACUCAGGUCCCUCUAAAAUUAAGCAAGCAAGGACUUCUUCAACCAGAGAAACCAAUCCUUCUAAAGGUUGUGCCAAGAGAUGAGGCCAUAACUGGAGCUUGAUAUAUAAUGGUCUGUUAUGACGCUGUAUCCUGCUGGACCAGAUACAGCCAAUUCUGAGUGCGAAUGAAUUCAGAGUAGAAGACUGUAGCAAUCUU